AUGCAGCUAACAGCCAAGAGCGACGUGUACAGUUUCGGCGUCGUGCUGCUGGAACUGGUCACUGGGAAACCCGCCGUAGUGCGGGAGGCAGCACCCAUCAGCAUCAGUCAUUGGUCACGACAACGGAUGGCGCAGGGCAACAUUGAAAGUGUGGUUGAUGCACGUAUGUGUGGCAUUUACAAUGUCAACAGUGUAUGGAAAGUGGUGGAAAUUGCACUAAAGUGCACUGCAUAUGUGUCGCCGCAACGACCCACCAUGAGCGAUGUGGUGGCUCAACUGCAAGAAUGCAUUGAGCUUGAGGAAGGCUGCACCAUUAAAGCUAGGAACAAUGGCUUCUAUAUGAGUGGUGGCAGUGACAGCCCAGACUUGAGUUAUAAUGCGUAUAUUGCUGACCAGUCCAGUGAUAGCACUACAUUUCAAAUUGAACACGAUGUCAAGAGGGUGCAUGCAAUGCCUACCGGUCCUGCUACACGUUGA